GUUACACCGUGAGAGGGAGUGGGGGGGAGAGAGAGAGAGAGAGAGAGAGAGAGAGAGAGAGAGAGAGAGAGAGAGAGAGAGAGAAAAAAGAGUGAGAUUCAAGCGUCGGUGCGGGCUUACAAAGUGCCCUUUUCGUGUUUCCGGUGAGGCGCAGCAGUCGUCUCCUCCGCAAAACACUCCCUAGUGGUCGUGGGCUUUUUAACAUCAAAAAAAAGAAGCCCCAAAAAGUUGGAGCUUACCGGUGUGCGCGCAAGGGGACUUCUAUAACAUGUCGGGGAAUAAGGACACCGACGGCGGCUGGAGGAGCUUUGUGUGGAAUUCCGAGAAGAAGGAGUUUCUGGGGAGAACCGGCGGCAGUUGGUUCAAAAUCUUUUUGUUCUACGUUAUCUUCUACGGAUGCUUGGCGGCCAUCUUCGUGGGGACCAUUCAGGUGAUGUUGCUCACCCUGAGCAACUACAAGCCCACCUACCAGGAUCGCGUGGCCCCCCCAGGUUUGUCCCAUACGCCGCGCUCUGAAAAGUCCGAGAUUUCAUUCAGCAUGAGCGACCCAACCUCGUACGAGAAGUACGUGGAUAGCAUUGGCAAGUUCCUCAAGCUCUACGACGACGAUCGCCAAACUGACCUGAUGAAAUAUGAAGACUGCGGAGACUCUCCGCAGCCGUACCGCGAACGCGACAGCCUGGAGAGCGACCAGGGCCAGCGCAAGGCCUGCAGCUAUAAGAGGUCAUGGCUGGGAGACUGCUCGGGCAAGACCGACACCACCUACGGCUUCCAGAAGGGAUCCCCUUGCAUCAUCGUCAAACUCAACAGGAUUGUCAAUUUCAGGCCCAGGGCUCCCGACGUGAAUGCCUUGCCCGGGCCUCUUCAGAGCCGAGUACAGCCCAACUCUGUGCCCAUUUUCUGUAAGAACAAGCGCGACGUGGACGCGGACAAGAUCGGCGAGAUCAACUACUUCGGCUUCGACGGCAGCUUCCCGCUGCAGUACUACCCGUACUACGGCCGCCUGCUGCACCCCAACUACCUUCAGCCGCUGGUGGCCAUCCAGUUCACCAACGUCACGUUGGGCACGGAGGUGCGCAUCGAGUGCAAGGCGUACGGCGCCAACAUCGAUUACAGCGACAAGGACCGCUAUCAGGGACGAUUCGAUGUCAAGUUGACCAUCAACUCGUGACCUCUUCGGUCGGUUCGUCAGUCGGCGCGCACUCCUCACCACCACCACCCCCCUCACCUCCACCA